AUGAAGCUGUUCGUAGUACUCUCCGCAUUGUUCGCCGUUUGCUGUGCUAGGCCACAGCAAUAUGGUGGCUCCCAAGCCGGCGCCAAUGCCAACGCUAAUGCUGGCGCAGCAGGUGGAGGAUUUGGUGGUAACCCUGGCUUCGGUGGUAACCCUGGCUUCGGUGGCAACUCUGGAUUUGGUGGAAAUCACGGCGGCGGUUUCAAUAGAAAUCCUGGAUUCACCGGCGGAAAUCACGGCGGCGGUGGCGGUUUCGGUGGAAACCCCGGAUUUGGUGGCGGCUUUGGUGGAAAACCCGGUUUUGGUGGCGGCUUCGGUGGAAACCCCGGAUUUGGUGGCGGCUUUGGUGGAAAACCCGGUUUUGGUGGCGGCUUCGGUGGAAACCCCGCAUUUGGUGGUGGUUCCAGUUCAGCCAACGCUAAUGCAAAUGCCAACGCCAGUGGAUUUGGUGGUGGCUCUUCUGCAGCUAAUGCAAACGCUAAGGCUAGCGCCAAUAGCUUUGGCAAAUAG